CAGCUAUUGGACUAGAUGUUUGGGCACAACAAAUUCUUCACCCCAAACAAAAAUAUCCAAGUGUCAACCCAUAUCCAAACGAAGAUGAUUUAAUUAAACACAUAAAAAAUCGUGGAGUUUCACCUCGUAUUUUGGUUAUGGGAGCAUUAGGUAGAUGUGGUAAAGGUGCAUGUGAUAUUUCUCAUAAUGUUGGAAUUGCCAAAGAAAAUAUUAUUAAAUGGGAUAUUGAAGAAACAAAAAAAGGAGGUCCAUUUUCAGAAAUUCUUGAUGUUGAUAUAUUUGUUAAUUGUAUCUAUCUUAGUCAAAAAAUUCCUCCUUUCAUUACAAAAGAAAUGCUUGAUCAAAAAAGGAACCUUUCAGUGAUUGUAGAU